UUUCCAUCGGCGAGAAUACACUUCGAAACGUUCUCUCUUUCUCGCAGAAGUUGUUGAACAUGAAUGCCCUAGCGCAAAAGCCGGUGAAGGGCAAGGCCCAGCAGAAGGGUAAGACCCAACAGAAGGGCAAAGGAAAGAAGAAGAAGACUAGUCUAAAGUUCUUCAUUGACUGUACACACCCUGUUGAGGAUGGUAUCAUGAAUGCGGGUGACUUCGAGACGUUCCUACAGCAGAAGAUUAAAGUAGGUGGCAAGACAAAUAACUUCGGCAACCAGAUUGCUAUUACGAAGGACAAGAGCAAGAUCACUGUAACUGCUGACAUUGCCUUCUCCAAACGCUAUCUGAAGUACUUGACGAAGAAAUACCUAAAGAAGAACAACCUGCGUGAUUGGUUGAGAGUUGUCGCCAACAAGAAGGAUGGUUAUGAACUGCGCUACUUCCAAAUUAACAACGAGGAAGAUGAGGAUGAGGAUGGAGACGAGUAGACUACAUCGUGCAAUUCGCUGUCGGGUGUACCUUUACAAAUAAAGUAUAUCCAACACA